GUACCUGUCCCAAUCAGUGCCGUGUAGACAACUACUCGCCGACACACCUUAGCGGGAGACACACAUUCCCUCCACAGCUAUCCACACAGCAGGCACCCAGAGAGCAGGUAUCCAGCAGACUUUUUUUACAGCUGCUGAACACGGUGCUUCGCGAGGCGGGGUGUGUGCCGAGGCCCGAGAGGAAGGACACACUCACACACACACACACAUGCAGGCCGCCACUCACGGAGGGCCGCACCGCCUGGCCUGGAGCAGGGCCUGGAGGGCGUGGUGGCGGGUCAGCUGGUGCCGUCUCUACCUCGCCUCGCCCAAGAGACUCUCCAUCAUUCUCGCCGUCGCCUUCAUGAUCGCCCUCUGCCUGCAGGUGCUGCAGCAGCAGGGCGGCGGCGCGCUGCUGUUGGCCCCCCUCGCCUCGCGCCUCGCCUUUCACGCCCCGGACCCCGCGGCCACCCCCAGUAUGUUCCUCGGCGGCAAAGCUGACGCCGCGCCCGCCGCCACCACGCCGCCGUUGCUGCACCUGAAGGCCAAGGUGGACAACCUGACGCGGGAUCGGCUGGCGGAGGACGUGGCGAGGGUGUACAACCUGCCGGACCGCUAUGGCGAGGAGCAUCCGCCGCCACUGAGCGGCCGCCGCAGCUGCGGCACAUACCCCCGCCUCGUGGACCUCUCCUUCAACAACCUGUACUGGCAGAUGCUUCACUCCAGCAACGGAACCUUCUACCUCUACAGCGCCUUCUUCGACAACCGCACCCGCACGGCGCCCGCCACCUCCGUCCGCAUCCUGGCCAUGGCAGACCGAUUGACUCCCGCCGUGGUCACGCACUGCCAGCUGUGGUACGCGGGCGAGGCCGCGCCCGUGACCGCCAGGGUGGUGGAGUACCGCUACAUCUGGGUCCGCGCCUAUGGCAACUACAGGCAGGGCAUCUUGCAGCCGUACCUGCUGCAGUGCGUGGUGCCCGCCGCGCGCCGCCACCACGUGCCGCUCUCCGUGUCGCUGGUGGAGGCCGAGUGUGACCGCGCCCGGAACAACCUGCGCGUCGUCCACGAGCUGCCGCCGCCGGGGGAGCAGAAGAGGGACUUCGCCGUGUGCGUCAAGGGUCUGGACAUCGGCGCGGACAUCAGCCUGCGCAUCGUGGAGUGGCUGGAGCUGCUGUUCCUGCUCGGGGCCGACAAGGUCUUCAUGUACGACCUGGGCGUCCACCCCAACGUGUCCAGGGUGCUGCGCCACUACGAAGCCGAGGGGCGCGUCGACUUGCGCACGCUGACGCUUCCCGGCGACCAGCCCAACGCGCGUGGCCUGGUGCGACCCUUCCUCCGGGCCAAGAUCACGAGCAAGAGGCAGAACGAGCUGAUCCCCUACAACGACUGUCUCUACCGCAACAAGGACCUCUACAGGCUGGUGGUGCUGCUGGACAUCGACGAGGUGAUCAUGCCCCGCGCGACCCCGGACUGGCGUCAGCUGAUGCGGCAGCUGGCGCCGGAGGCAAUGGCGGGCCUCGGCAACCCCUAUUCCUCCUACUACGCCCGCCACGUGUACUUCCUGGACGGCAUGCAGGAGGCGCACGGCUGGACGGCCGACGCGCCGCGCUUCAUGCACAUGCUGCAGCACCUGCACCGCGCCCGGAACUACACGGGGCCCGGCAGCUACGUCAAGGCAUUCCACGACCCGCAGCGCGUCCUCACGCUGCACAACCACUUCCCCUUCUCGUGCUUGCCCGGCGGCUGCCGCGCCCUCAGCAUACCCACGGAGGCCGCGCACCUGCAGCACUACCGCAGUGACUGCGUUGGGGAGCUGCGUGGCCGCUGCCCUGACUUCCGCAACCACACGGUACGGGAAGACGCCAUCCUCAGGUUCAAGGAGCCGCUGAUACAAGGCGUCCUGCGCACGCUGCGCCGCCUCGGCUUCCUGCCACGGUGACGCCCUGGCCCGAGGGACCAUUAUUGACCCUCCGUGGCUGUGUGAAGAGAUGAGGGCCGUGGGACUCAGUGUUGUGUGGAGGCCGCAGAGGGAACUUGGACUUGGCAAGGUCAUGUCGUGUGGGUAAUUAAUAGCAGAUGGACGCCCUAAGUGACGGGCUCACAAGCGUGGGGCUGUAGAGGCCAGGCAGUCACAGAAACAGGUGGAGAGACGGAAAGAUUGAACCUCUGCCGGAGCAGGAUGGAGUACUCGAACUUCAGAGAGAGGAAAUAACAUGGAAAGGCCUUGGUCCAUUAGUGGUCUAACUGACUAAUGAUGAUGAUGAAUAUGCCAAGCUCCAAUAAUGUUGGGCAACUGGCUAAUAUUUACUCCAUAUUGUGUCGGCCCCUCUGGUGUGUGUGUGUGUGUGUGUGUGUGUGUGUGUGUGUGUGUGUGUAUGUGUGUGUGUGUGUGUGUGUGUGUGUGUGUCUGCCCAUCCUCCCGUAUUCUAAGUCGGAUGAAUAUUUCUAAACGCUGUAGGAAUAUUAUGUAAGUGUAAUGGCUGUCUAUAUAAUGGCCGUGGAAGGCCGUGCACAGCGGGGGUCUGGGGGUGGCCGGGCGGAGGUGGAGUCCCUCGGGCAGGUCUCUGCGGCCCGGCGUCGCCAAAGUGUUGCUCAACGAAGGAAGAUUGAAAGAAAGAAAAAAAAUAGUUGGCUGUCUAUUAUUGCGUCUUUGUUUUUUGUUCUCCGCCAAGAUUUGCUUAUUUUCGUUAUUAUUAUUAUUAUUAUUAUUAUUAUUAUUAUUAUUAUUAUUAUUAUUAUUAUUAUUAUUAUUAUUAUUAUUAUUAUUAUUAUUGUUAUUAUUAUUAUUGUCACUCACUAUUA